AUGAAGUCGGGCCAAGCCCAAGUCACCGACGCUCAAAAGCGACCCACGCCAGGAGGAAGGCAAGGGUUUUGCCGUCGACCUCGCCGUGGAGGUUUCCCCACCCAUUCCCUGGUCGCCGCCGUGUGCCUCCCUUCCCGGUUCGUCGGCUCCUCCGAGCGCCCGACGGGUCUUGAGACUGCCCAAGUUGUGCAGCUGAGAUACUCGAUAGAGGGUCUCCCAGAGCCACUGCUUGCAGAGAUCGUCAAGAGGAUUACCAAGACAAGUGAUCGUAAUUCUCUUUCCCUUGUGUCGAAGCAGCUCUGCAUCGUCGAGGCGGAGCACAGGGAUGCUAACCGUGUUGGCUGUGGACUCAAUCCUUCAACGGAAGCCCUGGUAUCGCUGUUUUCCCGGUUCCCCAAUUUGGCAAAAGUAGAGAUCAAUUACUCUGGGUCGAAGUCCAGUAACGGGGACCAGUUGAACAACCAAGGCCUACUUGUUUUAUCAUCUCACUGCUCCUUGCUGUCCGAUCUUGCUUUAAGCUUCUGCUCAUACAUCGAUGACACUGGUCUAGGUUAUCUAGCUGAGUGCAAAAAAUUGAGGUCCCUCAGGCUGAACCAUGCACCAGCAGUCACUUCUACUGGGAUUUUUCGGGUGGCGGUUGGUUGCAGGUAUCUUUCGGUUCUCCACCUUGUCGGCUGUACAGCAGUAGACAGCGGGGAGUGGCUGGAGUGCCUUAGGAGGUAUGGAUCACUUGGGGAACUUGUUGUAAAGGAUUGCGAUGGUAUCAGCCAGUAUGAUCUCUUAAAGUUUGGCCCAGGAUGGUCGAAUCUCCAAAAGUUUGAGUUCGAGAUUAAUGGAAAUUACUGGGUGCCAGGGGCCCGUGAUCCCUCCUACGUGUCUGGCUACCCAUAUAGCUAUGACAUCUGCUGUGAUAAUCUGAAGGAUCUUAGGUUGGCUCAUAUAAUAACUGAGCCAGAAGUUGGACUUCGUUUUCUCUUGGGGAAGUGCAAAGCAUUGGAGACACUUUACCUGGAGUAUGUUAUUGGUCUAAAUGAGAAUGAGAUGAUUGCACUAUUCCAGAGGUGCAGCAACCUUAAAACCAUCUCACUUCGUCUCAUGCCUCUGCGAUGUGAAGAUGGUGAGUUUAGGACGCCAUUGACUAAUGCUAGCCUUAAGGCUCUAGCUCUUAGCUGCCCUAUGCUUCAGGUUGUUGAGCUCACCUUCACAUUUUGCGAUCCCAUUUAUCCUACUGAAAUAGGCUUCACACAAGAGGGUAUUGUAACGCUCAUCCAAUCAUGUCCGAUUCGUGCUCUUGUUCUAAAUGGUGCCAGCAGUUUUUAUGAUGAGGGGAUGAAGGGCCUCUCAUCCUCACAGUUUCUGGAGAAGCUUGAGCUUGUGGAUUGCAUGUUUAUAACUGAUGUUGGUAUGAGUUUCAUUAUACAGGCUCCUAGCUUGAGUAGUCUCACGCUCCGCAAAUGUAAGAGAGUGACAGAUGGUGGAAUGGCUGCGUUGGCACGUGCACAGAAGCUGGAGUCGCUGAUCGUUAUAGGCUGCCGCCGGGUCUCUCAGGAAGGCGCGCAGAGAGCUGCCAAAACAGUUCACUACUCUGCGGAGGCUGAAAGCCAUGACAGCCUACAAGGAAUGAUCGCCAAAAGGAAUGGAUAGCAGACACACCAAUCAUUGUUGGGUUUAUUCUUUAGCCUUCACUUACGAGAUUGAAGCUGUAUCUGUCAUUUUUCUUCUUUCUUCUUAUGAGUUCCAGCACUCCAGAUGUUAGUUCUGAUGAGUUCCAACAUUGCUUCUAUCUGCACCUUUGUGUUGUUUCUGCUUGUAAGGUCUCCUCGCAUGGAGAUCUCAUAACAUGUCACCCUUUAAUUUUGUUUUAUAGCUGUGAUGGGGUUCGGAUUUUGAAAGAAUACCAGGUUCUAUUGGCUGCUUGAAAACGCGGGUGUUCCUGUAA